GCAUGCGCCGCUCGUCGGCCCGCGGAGGCGGUUUGUUGUGGUCGCCAUUUUUUGUUGCAUUACUGGGAAAUCCCGGCACCGGAGCAGCAGCCGCCGGCGGAGUACGCCCCUUGCGCUGGGGGUGGGGGCGCCCGCCCGCCCGUCUGCCGCGCCCCGCCCCCAGCGCGCUUCUCCUCAGCCCCGGCUUUUGAAACACGCCGCGCGGGGCCGCCGCCGCCGCCGCCUCAGGUGGCAGCAGCAACCCACAAUGCCAGCUGCCGCCCUGCAGCCAGGUUGCCUCUCUGGGCCGCUCUCUUCCUACUGAGACAAUCAUGUCGAGCCAGCACAGCCAUGCACCCUUCUCCAGCAUCCAGCCCAUGGCUGAGCAUCAGCAGAUCAUGCCGGACCUGGCCAUCCUGCAGAGAAGGAUCCCGCUCACUUUUCGGGACUCUGCCACGGCACCGCUGCGCAAGCUGUCUGUGGAUCUUAUCAAAACAUACAAACAUAUCAACGAGGUCUAUUAUGCCAAGAAGAAACGUCGAGCCCUGCAGGUCGCACCCGAGGACACCAGUACCAAAAAGGAACGGAAAGUGCACAACGAGGGCUACGAUGACGACAACUAUGAUUACAUCGUCCGCAACGGCGAGCGCUGGCUGGAGCGCUACGAAAUCGAUUCACUCAUUGGCAAGGGAUCCUUUGGGCAGGUGGUGAAGGCCUAUGACCAGCAGGCUCAGGAGUGGGUGGCCAUUAAGAUAAUCAAGAACAAGAAGGCAUUUCUGAGCCAGGCUCAGAUUGAGUUGCGGUUAUUGGAGCUCAUGAACCAGCACGACACUGAGAUGAAAUACUAUAUUGUGCACUUGAAGCGGCAUUUCAUGUUCCGGAGCCACCUGUGCCUGGUGUUUGAGUUGUUGUCCUACAACCUCUAUGACCUGCUCCGAAACACCAACUUCCGUGGCGUGUCUCUCAACCUCACGCGCAAGUUUGCCCAGCAGCUGUGCACCGCGCUGCUUUUCCUGGCGACGCCCGAGCUCAGCAUCAUCCACUGUGACCUUAAGCCCGAGAACAUCCUGCUCUGCAACCCCAAGCGCAGCGCCAUCAAGAUUGUGGACUUUGGCAGCUCCUGCCAGCUGGGCCAGCGGAUCUACCAGUACAUCCAGAGCCGAUUUUACCGCUCACCUGAAGUGCUACUGGGCAUGCCUUAUGACCUGGCAAUUGACAUGUGGUCCUUAGGUUGCAUCCUUGUGGAGAUGCACACAGGAGAGCCGCUCUUCAGCGGUGCCAAUGAGGCGGACCAGAUGAGCCGGAUAGUGGAGGUGCUGGGGCUGCCACCCCCUCACAUGCUGGAGCAGGCUCCGAAGGCUCGCAAAUACUUUGAAAAGCUGCCCGAGGGGGGCUGGGUCCUCCGGCGGGGCAAAGAUGGCAGGAAGGAUUAUAAGGUUCCAGGAACCCGGCGGUUGCAUGAAGUGCUGGGGGUAGAGAGCGGGGGCCCAGGCGGGCGUCGUGCAGGAGAGCAGGGUCAUUCGCCUUCCGACUACCUGAAGUUCAAGGACUUGGUGCUGCGCAUGCUGGACUACGAGCCCCGUAGCCGCAUCACCCCCUUCUACGCCCUGCAGCACAACUUCUUCAAGAAAACAGCCGACGAGGGCACCAACACAAGCGCCAGCACCUCGCCAAGUCUGGGCACGGAGCACAGUCACUCCACCAGCACCACUAGUUCGGUGUCCAGCUCUGGCGGUUCCAGUGGCUCUUCCAACGACAACCGUGGUUACCGUUACAGCAAUCGUUACUAUGGCAGCAUGGGCACUGUGCAUGCAGACUGCGAGAUGCAGAGUCCCCAAGCCCCUUCUCAGCAGCAGAUGCGUCUCUGGGCUGGCGGCGACAACGAGAGUAUUCCUCACAUCUUACCUCACAAACCCACACCCAGCCAGGCCAUGCCAUGUUUCCCUCCGACCGGGCACCCCCCGUACCAGCGCCCUCCGCUCCCGCUGUCUCCCCCGCUCCCCGAGGCCAUGGAGGUGUCCCUGGGCCCUCGCCACCUGGACUGCAACCCCACCGGCCUGGGCUCCUCAUCCUUGCACUUGGGCGCCUCGGCCUUCCGGACUAGGACUGCUGGUGGCUCGCGCCCCGAGGGACUCGGCCUCAACUACCCUCUCCGUGGGCGCGGCCACCGGGAAACGGAUGAGACUGCACUGAUGGGUGUCUGCGUGCCCCAGGGCACGGCUGCCAGCUCCUGAUGAUGGACUGGCCCGGCAGGCUAGGAGCCAGUGCCCGGCGAGAGCACUCCCUUGUUGCACCAGAGCCUGGACGGGCCAGGACUGACUGUAGGGCAGGGAACCAGUUGCCCACAGAGCGCUCCUCCGCACGGGAGAGUCCGAGUGGGCCAGGACUUUUUAACGGUGGGACGGGGUCAGGUUGCCUGGCUCGUGUGGCCAGCCUAAAGACCAGGUCCUGUUUGCUACCCGGGACACCCCCCCUGCUGCAAGUGGUAAGCGUUGUGUUGGGGGAGGGGAGGGGGGGAAAUAGUACCGGGGGGGAAGCAUGUGGAGCCAGCAUCCUCCCACCCUCACAGCCCGGAUGCCACUCCCCCCUUCUUUCUGGUCAGUUCUUUCUCUGACUCGUGUGGUUCCUUCUGGCUGCUGCCACGAGCCUCCCCCCCACC